AUGGACGUUGCCAAUCUCCUAUCCCAUGACCCUCCACGACCUUCUCGCUCUCAACAGGCCGCGGAGACUACACCCCCAGAGACACAGCGGUUGCAUCAAUACCCUACACGUCACUCUGUCAUGUCCAAUAACAUGUCUCUCGACGGUCAUCGUUUCGCUACCCCGCCCGUCAGUCAGGGUUACGGCAACAAUACUCCAACAGGCUACAGUGUUUCCCCUGCCAGUCCCGCGCCUAAGAACGUCGCAUUCGAACUGCUGUUCGAUGGUGCCACCAAUCAUCGAGCAAGACUGCCAAUGAGGGUGCAAAUCUUUCCCCAUGAUACCACCGACUCGAUUGUGACCACUGUCAAGAAUUUCUACGGGCUUUACGAAGGUGCCGCAAACGGCGUCAGUUUCGAGGAUGACCAUGGGAACACACUCAUUGCGAGAUAUGAGAACUUCCAAAAUAAUAUGGUCGUCUACGUUCGAGUCAUUCCUGAUUACUCGCAGGCAUGGCAGCAGCAGGGCCACAUUCAAAAUCACUCGGCAUCGCCUAUCAAUGCACAGAGGCUUCUUCAUCUCGAUGAAGGCUUUCAAAUGCCCCCCCCUCAGCCCUCGCAGAUACUGAACUAUGGGCAACCCACGUCACGACCAGCAUCCCGAGUGUCUCGAAAGCAGAGUGCAUCUCCACGUCCCAGCAGGGGUCGUCGUAGUGUCUCUGCGCAAAAAGCUCGUUCUCGAUCGGGCCUGAUAAGCCGGGAGGAUAGCUUCCAAGGACAGCUCAACGAUCUCAAUAGCGACACCAUGAAAGGCUACAGCAGUAGUGAUGGCGAAGGAGGCUCUGUAUCCAGCUCUCGCAAAGCCAGAAGCGAGCAGCUCGCAAGUGCAGAUAUCAGUCUUAAUAACAUCCUCGAGGGCAACAGAAGGAAGAGGGCAAAGUUUGAGAGCUCUGAGCUACCUCUGUUUGUGCCACCUCAGGUGCCUGCCCCUAACUCCAUAUCCUCGAUCUCUCCACAGAGACGCUCCAAUGGACAGGACAACCCUUCUCCAUUCGCCCGCCCGACUCAACGACACUUUACCUACAGCCAGCCUCUGCAGUCACCACAGAGCUAUGGGCACGGUGAGCAUACGUACGGAAUUAUUCCUCAGAACAAAUAUCCUUCCAAUGCUCCUCCAGCACCUCAAACUGGACGCCGUCUCCGUGACCGUGCAAACGCACCAAGUCUAUCUACUCGCAUGUCCAAUGGAAUGAUUCCUCGCGCACAAGGUUUUGGAAUACUGCCUACCCCUGAUCCGACCAUAGCCAGUUGUAUCUCCGAUGAGGAUGUGGCCUUGCAGCUCAUGCGACUCGGCGACGCUUCAAAUAUCUCUCACGGACGCACUUCGGCAUCAACGUUGGAUGAUGCGUUCAGUGGACGCGCUGACGCUGCCUCAUCCGCCACCAGCAAUAGUGACGACGAUGGUGAAGAUGCAGAACGACCUUCUCUUCCAGCUCUUCCAGCUCAGCCAAAGCUGGAAGCCAGCCCAGUGCUCCGGCCAAAUGCCAUCAGAAGGCAUCACAAGCACCUUAAUGAUGGCCUGCCCAGCACGGAUAGCACCGAGCCCAGCGGUGACGAGGUAGACGGGGACUACGUGUAUGACGAUAAGAAGGAUGGACUGUUCAAGAGCGAGCCAGAUGACGUGGCCACUGAUUUCGGUCCAGCUGUCAAAACGAAAGUACCUGGAUCGAGGCAUCGCAACAUGUCAAAGGCGAGCAGCGUCAGCUCGUUGAAGAACACUUCCAAGGUGUCCAAGUCGAAGGCAACAGCCAACGCGAAGAAGGCUAAGCCGUCUCCACUUCCCUCUACAGCAAAGGUGCCUCCUUCACCCGCCUCGCUUCCUCCCCCCUCGCGCAAGACAUCUUCUGCGUCGACCGUCAACUUCCAGCACCAAGGCGACGAAGACUUGUCUUCUAAGCCACGCUGCCAACGCUGCAGAAAGAGCAAGAAAGGGUGCGAUCGUCAACGCCCCUGCCAGCGCUGCAAAGAUGCUGGUAUCGGAGCUGAAGGGUGUAUCAGCGAAGACGAAGGUAACGGUCGUAAAGGUCGGUUCGGGAGACACAUGGGUGUGGCUGUCAAGAAAGACGCCCAGGACAUCUCUACACCCAAUGAGACCGAAGAGGCAGGUGCAAUUCUGGAUGGUAUGGCUGGUGGUCAGGAGAAGAGCAAGAAGAGAAAGCGUUAG